GUCGCCAAAAAAUAUUUCAUUCCACUGUAGAACUUUGUACAGAUUUAGACCUGCCUUAAGUCGCACCCCUCUAUCAGUCUCUUCGUAAUAGUCCUACAGAACAGAGCUGUACGCCUGGAGCUAACAUGGGCUUCAAAUUUUCUCUCAUCAGUGGUCUCUUCCAAGUUCUACUUCUGGUGUCGUUCUCCGUUCUGGUGAGAUAUGGCGACGACGCAACUCCGUCUAUUAAACACAGCACCUCUAACUUUACUUCUGAAGGGUCUAAGGAGAAUGAUGUUCGUACAUAUUAUCCAUUAUUUCAAGAUGUCCAUGUUAUGAUCUACAUCGGGUUUGGUUUUCUGAUGACCUUCCUGAAGAAGUAUGGAUAUGGUUCUGUGGGGUACAACUUCUUUAUUGCUGCCCUCGUCGCUCAGUGGAGUACAAUUAUAAAUGGUUUCUUUAACCAGAUCUGUUUGGACGGAAACGAUAACAUCAAAGUUAGCAUGCAAACUUUAAUUGGCGCAGAGUUUGCUGCCGCUGCAGUUCUCAUCACUUUCGGAGCGGUUCUAGGAAAAGUGAGCCGCCUGCAACUGCUGGUCAUUGGUAUCAUGGAAGUUGUGUUCUACGGAAUCAAUAAUUUCAUUGCUGUCAAAUAUCUGAAGUACGCAGACGCAGGGGGGUCCAUAGUCAUUCACACCUUUGGCGCGUAUUUCGGCUUGGCUUUGUCACGAGUGUUAUACAAUGAGGAUUCGUUGGACAGUCCAAAAGAAGCAUCCGUUUAUCAAUCAGAUAUUUUUGCCAUGAUUGGUACUGUAUUCCUGUGGUUGUUCUGGCCCAGUUUCAACGCUGCUCUGCUGCCUCCGGAUUACGUUGCUCAGCAACGUUCUAUUAUCAACACAUAUUUCUCCCUGACCGCUGCUUGCGUCACCACAUUCGUUUUGUCGCCCAUGUUUCAGAGAAGUGGAGGAAAAUGGAGGCUUAGCAUGGUUCAUGUUCAAAACGCAACACUUGCUGGUGGCGUUGCUGUGGGAACAGUGUCCAACAUGGCAAUCAAUCCUUUUGGAGCUCUUCUGAUUGGUUCUUGUGCCGGAGCAUUGAGCACUGUGGGAUACGUAUACAUUAGUCCAUUGUUGACGAGUUUUACUAAAAUCCAUGACACCUGCGGUGUGAACAACUUGCAUGGAAUGCCGGGAAUCUUUGGUGGCAUUGCGGGCGCUAUCGUCUCGGCUAGUGCUGAUUUUCAGACAUACGGAUACGAUGGUCUAUUUAGUGUGUGGAGUGCGCGUGCGCCAAAGAUGAACACCACUGAAUACUGGGAGAUGAGGAAUAUGGGUGUAAAGUUUAACGCGGGAGAUCAACGCACAGCCUCUGUUCAGGCUGGUUACCAGAUCGCUGGUCUCGUGGCCACAAUUGGUGUUGCUAUCAUCGGCGGAAUUGUAACUGGUAUGAUUGUGAAUGGGUCGUUCUGCGACACACCAACUCAGGAACAAAUGUAUGAUGACGGUGAUUACUGGGAGAUCCCAGAUGGCGAAGCGGAAGCAGUAUCUAAAGUUUAAUAAGCAAGAAGGGAUUUUGGGCCAGUUUUCUCCCGUGGUUAUUUUGGUGCAACCGCGAUCCUCUUCACAAGAUCUCGUGUUAUCUGUUGAUUCGCCAUUUUUUUUUUAAGCUUUAUCAAAAAUGUAAAACUUUUCCAGAUACCUUGACUUACUAGCCUAAGUGAUUAUCUUUAAGUCCUAUAAAGUGCCUUGGCUUGAUAGCGUUAAAACACGAUAACGCGCCGUGUGAACGUUAGCGCAUGAGCAGGCGUUUGACCGCUGUGUUGCCUUAGUGGAAAUUAAGGACGAUCCCAAGUCCUCUUUUGACAAUGGCUGAUAUGUAUAUAUUUGAAAAGUGUUCUUUUUAUGAUGUAGCUGUUUUUAUCUAUAGUUGAUCUGCACUGGAUUUAUCUGUCUGCGAUGGCAGAUUUAUAUUUCAGCCUGCAAAGUAGCGAGUGAAUAGGUAUAAGCAGGAAUCAGUUAUUUAGUUUACGGAAGUAUGCAUUUCAAGCCAUCUUUAAAGAUUCUAAUCAAAUUUGAUAAAAAUGUGAUUACAAGGACGUUUAAGAUGCAUGAAAGAGUAAAAAAAAUCAUUUUUAGUUUUUCGUAAACAAAAAAAUUAUCAUAAAACGCAUAACUUUUGAGAUAAACUGAAAUUAUGAUAGGCUUCAUCACUUAUUUUCCAAAAGCUUGUAUAGUUUUUUAUUAGUCUUUAAAUCAGAGGUAAUAAAACUGAUUUUGCUCAAA